AUGUCAGCGUACAAAUAUCUACUAAAUAUGGAAAAUCAUGGUCCCAUCAAUCGGCUUGUUGUGGAAUUGACAGAGAAAAUCCUGCAGAACGAGGCAAUCAUCGCUAACAUCUCGAGAUCCAUAGACACGAAGCUCACCCUACCGUUUGAACUGAAACAAGAAGAUGCAGUUCCACAAGAAAACGACCCCUUGCGUGCUCUAAUAGACAAGAAAUACUUGCCGCAAGUUCAGUACGAGACGUUUUCUGAGGUGGAAAAUCCUCGACUUCGGCAGCUUCUCAUUGACAACAAGGCACUUGCAGACCUACAGAAGAUCAAGAUUGAGCAGAACAAGCAACUCUACAAAGUUUACACCGACUACGAGCGACUCAUUCAUAUUGUUGUUCUCCCACAGCUCACGAAGAUGAUAUGUGAGUACAAUAUUGAAAAAAUAGCUGAUUUGCGGGAUAACAAGCUUGAAGAGAAGCUUGCGUUGGAUUCGGAGGUCUGGAAAUUGUAUGGUCAGUACGUGGCAAAUCUCGAAAAGAUAUACGGGAUUGUUCAAGCGAUGGUUCAGGCGUUGGAGGAGGUGGUAGACCGGAAAGAGGUACAGAGGCUAGAACAGCAGUUGAUGAUUGUGGAGAAAUUGGCAACGGUCGCUCGCAGGCGGCAGCUAAGGCGGCCCGUGGACGGCGUGGUAUUAUAG